AUGCCAGGCAUAGAUACCCCCUCCCACCCCGAAGACACCCGCGUCCUAGGCUACGACCCUCUCAUCCCGCCCGCCCUCCUCCAAUCCGAAAUCCCCCCAACCUACACCUCCCAAGCCACCGUCGCCAAAGGCCGCCGCGACUGCAAGGCCAUAAUACACCAGACCUCCGACCGACUCCUCGUCAUGGUCGGCCCCUGCUCGAUCCACGACCCCGCCACGGCCCUCGAAUACGCCCACCUCCUCCUCCCGCUCGCCCACCGCCUGCGCAACGACCUCUGCAUCAUCAUGCGCGCCUACCUGGAAAAGCCCCGCACAACAGUCGGCUGGAAAGGCCUGAUCAACGACCCCAACAUCGACGAAUCCUACCGCAUAAACAAAGGUCUCCGCGUCUCGCGCCAGCUCUACGCCGACCUGACAAACCUAGGCAUGCCCAUCGCCUCCGAAAUGCUCGACACAAUCUCCCCACAAUUCCUCGCCGACCUCAUCUCCCUGGGCGCCAUCGGCGCACGCACCACCGAAUCCCAGCUUCACCGCGAGCUCGCCUCCGGCCUGUCCUUCCCAAUGGGCUUCAAGAACGGCACCGACGGCUCCCUGUCCGUCGCGAUCGACGCAGUCGGCGCAGCCGCCGCGCGCCACCACUUUAUGGGCGUGACCAAAGACGGCCUCGCCGCCAUUACGCGCACGUCCGGCAACGAAGAUGGCUUCAGAGCAUCAGCAGCGAAAGCCGCCCUCGCAGCCAAGAAACAAAAGCAGGUUCUCAUGGUGGACUGCUCGCACGGCAACAGCCAGAAAGACCACCGGAACCAACCGAAAGUUGCGUCUGUCAUCGCGGAGCAAUUAAGGCAAGGUGAGGAGGGGAUCGUGGCGGUGAUGAUCGAGAGUAAUAUCGAGGAGGGCAAUCAGAAGGCUCCCGGAGCGGGCCAGGGCGGGUUGAGUGGGUUGAAGAAGGGGCAGAGUAUUACGGAUGCGUGUAUUGAUUGGGAGACGACGGUCAAGGUGUUGGAGGAUUUGGCGGAUGCGGUCCGGACGAGGAGGGAGGUGGUCAAGUCAAGGCAGAAUGGGAGCAAUGGCGCUACGAACGGGCACUAA